UUAGUUGUAUGCCCGCUGAACUCUCUUGUGAAUACGCAUAUACGUGAAUUACAAUCUCGUGAAAUAACAGCGACCAGCCUCGUUGGUGAUGUUGACGAAGAAAAGGUUCUUCACGGAGAGUUCUCGUUCGUUUUUGCAAACCCAGAAUCGCUCAUACUUAACGAGAAGUGGAGAAAGAUGCUGCAGAGUGACGUUUACCUCAAAAAUCUAUUCGCUAUUGUGACAGAUGAAGCACACGUUAUUCCAAAAUGGGGAUAUAGAACGCAAAAGCAUGGCACAAGCWGCAAGAAAGAGUUUGUUKCUGCAUUUAGAGAAUGUUUUUCGAGGCUUGGAGAAUUAAGGUCUCUUUUAAGUACAAAGCCUUUGGUUCCUGUUUUGGCACUAACAGCUACAGCCAACAUACAAACAAGGAAUGUCAUAAAGGAGUCCCUUUGCCUCAGGCAAAAUUAUGUUCCUGUCUUUGUAAGUGACAACCAAGAAAACAUUUUUAUCAGGAUGAGGGUUAACUCAAAUAUCUCAAAAGCAUUCGAUUGGUUGGUUGCAAAGGUCAGGGAAGAACAAGUUAACUUAGAGAAGACUAUAGGCUAUUGUAAUCUAUUAAAGACUGUGGAAGACUGUUCAUGCAUUUUAAAGUUCAGCUUGGGAAUGAUAGUUUCUACCCUAAGAAUGAAUGCCAUUCUAAAAAUCUCCUUUUUGCCAUGUACCACCAUGCAACUCUUCCCAAGAAUCAAGAACAAACACUGGAAUCAUUUUUGGAUGAAAAUGUCACUUGCAGAGUGAUAUUUGACACAAAUGYUUUAGGAAUGGGUGUUAAAUGUCAGGCAAAUAAUCCAUUAUGCUUAAGGAAGAUAAUGUUAGAUGAUUUUGGUAUUGGAGAUAUUCCCAACUUUAAAACACMCAAAUGCUGUUUGAAUUGCCAUAAAGAAUGUUUGUGUUAUGAAGGAAAACAAUGUACAGUACCUUCAACUGCAGUUGGACUUCCUGAGCAAACAUUAGAGUCAUUAAAGACAAGGGAGGUAUCCAAAGAACAGAAGGAGCUACUUCAAGAUAUAUUGUUGGAUUACAAGGAGGAAUUUUCAUAUCACCUUUUGUGUUUCAUUGGAGUAGAUGGCAGUAAUUUGUUUGCUAAGUCACUUAAAAAGAAGGUAUUACAACAUUGCAAGUAGCAUUUUCAACAAAUCUUACAUUUUAGAGAAUUUGCCAGUCUUUAACACAGCAAAAGCAAUGGAUAUUCUGUGCAUGAUAAAUGAUGUGUUUCAAGAUAUAGACAAACAGGAA